UCACUUCACUUCAGCAUUCCAGGGCUGGUACUUAUAAAAUUUCAUAAAUUUCAGUCGUAAAUCUGGUAAUAACUAUGAAAGUUUCAUAAUUUUUUUUCAUAAGCACUAUGAAAGUUUCAUAUCCCUUUCAUAGCUAUAACGUUCAUAGCUAUGGGUGAUUUCGUGAUCGCCGACAAGUGUGGGAACCCUGCAUACAAUUUUUUUCUAUUAAGUGAUAUAGAAGCACUGAAGAUAUGGAAAUAGACAUAAAAAACACAUUUCCAUAUUAAUUAAGCAAUAAUUUCACUAUAUCUUCGCAGUAAAUAAGGUUAUUGUCCAAAACAAACUGUAGCCUUAGCAACGGCGCUCCGCCGGAGGUAAACAUUCGCUCAGCCAGUCAGCCAGUGAGCCACACGCCGCACGCCUUUUCGUUUCUUGACGCCAUGGAUGACCCUGUAGCUGCUGCCUCAACCCCAUCAAAGAAGAGGACAAGGAAGCCGAACUGGACUAUGGACGAGUCCUUAUAUUUGCUUCAGCUCUACAGAGACCACGCUCGUGUUCUCAGGCAGAGCUUCAGCGAGGAUGGGUGCACCCAUCAAACCAAGCAGAAGGCAUGGGAGGACAUAAGGAGCAAACUCCAGCAAGCCUUUCCUGCAGGGCAGAGGACAACGAAGGAGUGCCAAAAGCGAUGGCACACCAUCCUUGUCACAGCACGGCCCAAGCUGAGUCAAGUCAGAAAGGACUUUGCUGCAACAGGUGGUGGCUCUCCUCAUCCCCCCAUUGACCCUCUUGAAGAGCUGGUGGCAGAUAUUUUGGGAAAAGAAAAUGUCACCAUAACGGGCAUAGCUGGUGCUCCUAGUCUCCACGACGAUCCACUUGAAGGGACGAGCAGCAGUGUCUGCAUGAGUGAGUUAACCAGUCAUGCAGAAACUGGCCCAGCGUCGCUCUUGGAGGGUGCUACCCAAGAUCUGCCCGCCUUAUUUGCUGCUGCUGCUGAGGUGAUUUCCAGCGUGCCUGCUCCCUCUGCCCCUGCCACAGAAGUCACCAGUGUGCUGCUUCCCUCUGCCUCGGAAGACGGAACAGUCUUCAUGGUAGAUGAGGAGGAGCUGCAACAUAAAAAAAAAAAAAGGAAACUUGAGCUUCAGCUACUGGAGGAACAAAUCCAAGCGCAAAGAGCAGUUAGGAUGGCAAUGGAAAAAAUUGCACAAGUGUGUGAUAAGUGGAACCAAAAUACAAAAUAAAUAUGAUAAAUAAAUAUGAUUG